CACUUUUCACUGUUGAAUAAAAAAAGGUCGAGACUUUGUAACAUAAGAUUUGUUAGAAAUGUCAACACCACCCACCCAUCUCUUCCUCCUCAAUAUCUCUGUGGCGUGUAUCUAGGGCUGGGUUCCAUCUUUGGGGAUUCCGAUGUCGGCGGAGAGUUGUUUCGGGAGUUCAGGUGAUCAGAGCAGCAAAGGGGUGCCUACUCAUGGUGGUAGCUAUGUUCAGUAUAAUGUCUAUGGCAAUCUCUUCGAAGUUUCUAGAAAAUAUGUUCCUCCUCUUCGCCCGAUCGGUAGAGGCGCUUAUGGAAUCGUCUGUGCUGCUAUAAACUCAGAGACUGGAGAAGAGGUUGCUAUCAAGAAGAUUGGUAAUGCUUUUGACAACAUUAUCGACGCUAAAAGAACUUUGAGAGAGAUUAAGCUUCUCAAGCAUAUGGAUCAUGAAAAUGUUAUUGCUGUAAAGGAUAUAAUAAGACCACCUCGGAGAGAGAACUUUAAUGAUGUUUACAUUGUUUAUGAGCUCAUGGACACUGAUCUCCACCAGAUUAUACGCUCUAACCAACCGUUGACUGAUGAUCAUUGUCGGUUCUUUCUGUAUCAGUUGCUGCGUGGGCUCAAGUAUGUUCAUUCAGCUAAUGUACUGCAUCGAGAUUUAAAACCCAGCAAUUUGCUCCUGAAUGCAAACUGUGAUCUAAAGCUUGGGGAUUUCGGGCUUGCAAGGACCAAAUCCGAGACAGAUUUCAUGACUGAAUAUGUUGUUACACGUUGGUACCGAGCUCCAGAGUUGCUUCUUAAUUGCUCAGAAUACACAGCAGCAAUCGAUAUUUGGUCUGUCGGUUGUAUUCUCGGUGAAACAAUGACACGAGAGCCGUGUUUUCCUGGUAAAGAUUAUGUUCAUCAGCUUAGACUCAUCACUGAGCUUAUAGGAUCGCCUGAUGACUCAAGCUUGGGGUUCUUAAGGAGUGACAACGCAAGAAGGUACGUUAGACAGCUUCCACAGUACCCGAGACAGAACUUUGCUGCUAGAUUCCCAAACAUGUCAGCUGGUGCAGUCGAUUUGCUGGAGAAAAUGCUCGUCUUUGAUCCAAGCAGACGCAUCACAGUUGAUGAGGCGUUGUGCCACCCGUAUCUGGCACCACUGCAUGAUAUAAACGAAGAACCGGUGUGUGUAAGGCCGUUCAAUUUCGAUUUCGAGCAACCUUCUUUGUCAGAAGAGAACAUUAAGGAGCUUAUAUAUCGUGAAACAGUCAAGUUCAAUCCUCAAGAGUUCUCACAAUGAGAGAGAGAGAGAGAGACCUUAAAAGGAAACUCGUCAAAAUGCUUGUUUUGUUAUGCUCUGUUUUUGCUAUUGAAUCUCUGAUAAGUUUGAUUAUAUGUCUGUAAUAUGAACAACAUCCGAAAAAAAAAAAAAAGAACAACCUUGAAGCUGUGUUAUGCAGAUACAGUCAGAUU